CAAGGGGCGCCUUAACCGCCGCCGUCAUCAGGAGCACGAGGAAUCUGUCGUUGUUUUGAACAUGGACGUCAUAGUACGUCUUAUGAAAAUUAAGUGUAUCGUCGUCGCCUGGCUCUUAUGUUCCUGCAGAGAUCGUCAGGCCUGGCUCGUAGCCUGACAAUGUGGGAUAAGAACAGCGUCCAGAAGACAAGCGAAUCGAGGACAAGCUCCAGACCCCAGGCUUCCGGCUCUUCUGCACAAUUGCCGACUUCGCCUACCAAUGCCGGUUCUUCCAAUGAAGGUCAAGGGAAUGUAAGAGAUGAUCCAUUCAGUGACCCCAGCGGAGAGCCGGCGACGGCGGCUGCUAGCGGAAGUGGAAGCGAACAGUAUGUUUAUGCCGCAUCUGCAGCUUUGAACCCGUUCCACAACAACCCGGCGAUCAUCGUAUCAACCGUCGACUUGGCGGCAGUCGGUGAAAACUCUCGGCUCCAGGUAGCACUAAUACCGAGAAAUCUCGAAGAAUCGAUCGUCCUCCGUUCCAUGCCCUUUGCGGAGGCGUUUCCCGGGAAUGUCAUACAGAGGAGUAUGUCGGAAAUUCACGAGUAGUGGGUGAGUAUGUCUGUCGUCGUGCAUCUCGAAGUCCGCUAAGCCUAUGUUAACCAGACGUCUAGGUUGGAACACCAAAGAUGUCGCCGGCGACACAAGUGCUGAGCUUUAUACGUCAUGAGGGGGAAUGAUACCGCUGGGCACACAGGUUACCAGUAUACUUACAUUGUAAUCAACGGACUGCAGGGUUGUGAUAAUCGACGUGCAUUAAAUUGGUCCCUGUCAGUGGCGAAACGUCUCCGAGGCUACAUUAAUGAGC